CGUCAUAUUAACCCUUACUAUCCACUAUAGUUAUCCAUGAUUUCCUGUCAAGAUGCCUGCACUAAACCAAGAGUCCCCUCACUACAUUGUGCAGAAGAUGUCUGAGCUCCCCUGGAUCCGCAGUGGCGAGGGCCUAGGUAUAGGAUCUUAUGCCAUAGUCGACAGAGUGGAAGACACGACCACGAAAAAAGCAUAUGCCAGGAAAAUGUACCGGUUCCCAGGGAUCUCGCGGCAAGAAGAACUUCGGAAGCUCUUCCAAAACGAAUUCGGAAUCAUCAACCGGCUGAAGCCAAACCGGCACAUCAUUCAGGUCAAAGCGACAUUUGUCUGCGCGCGGAACUUUGGACUGAUCCUCUCGCCCGUCGCCGACGCCGGCAGCUUGCGCGACCUCCUAGACGGCAUCCACGACGGAUCGCAGCGGCUAGACGGCCCAGCGCGCGCGACGCUGGAGCGCGCCUUCGGGUGCCUGGCCAUUGGUCUGGCGUUCAUUCACGAGCACGCCGUCCGCCACAAGGACAUCAAGCCCAGCAAUAUCCUGAUCCACCAGGCCUCGGUCAUCUUGACUGACUUUGGCACCUCCCUCGAUUACAGCGCCCUGGACCAGAGCACCACGGACGACACGGCCACCGGCUGGACGUACAAGUACAAGCCGCCGGAAGUGCAUGACCAUGGGCCGCGCAAUGGCAGGUCGGACGUCUUCUCGCUGGGCUGCGUGUACGUCGAGAUGCUGGCAGUGCUGCUGCCGGAGGAGUGCCUCCCUAUCGAUCCUAGCGUGAGCGGCUUCACGUUCAGCGAGCAUGCGGCCUGCAUCCUACAUGCUCUUGCACCGUUCGUCCAGGGCGCUGGCGCGGGCUUGCCAAGCGAAAUGUCCCCCGUGCUGGCGGCGACGUUUGCGAUGAUGCAGACGCGGCUGGUGGACCGCCCGACGGCGAAGCAGGUCGUGCAGAUGCUGGGUGCGAUGGGCGAGGAGUCGGCUGCCCACUUCUUCUGCGGGGAGUGUUUGGUUGAAAGGGCGGCCGCAACGGUAUCUGCGCCCCGUAACAAGCUUCCGCAUAUACGGACGGAUAUCACUGAGAAGUACGCAUACAGCGGCAGCAGUAACAGCACCGGCGUAUCCGUCGUGGGGCUUCUGAGUCCUGAGAGCAGUCGUUCUGCGGCUCUGUGUCUUGGUAGGGCAGACGCUGCUAUGGUGGGUGAGGUUCCGCCAUCCCCGAAUAUCAAGGCGUGGGAGCAGAGUCGGCAGGGUGAAGAUCCAGAGACAAAGCUUUCGUAUAAUCAUCUUCGUGGGUGUCCGUUUUGUGGUAUUGUCUCGUUUGCGUCAUUGGAGGAGCAGAAGCAACACUUGAGGAACCAUGGGAACAAGCUUAUCACGCCUUCACCCUCGCCUCAAUGGGGCUCUUCGGGGCGACCGUUUUAGGGUGUUUGUGGGAGUGUGGAGAGCUUGGUGUUUAGAGUGGUGAGAUUUGUCGCCGGGGGGGG